UGGUGGCGAGGAAGCGGGGGUAUUUCUUUUGUCGGACACCUGGGUUCCCCUGUAGAAAACUGAGGAGAUUGGAGAAGGGGGGGAAGAGUCUGGCGUUUGCCGGGGCUUCUCUCAUUUUUCCUGCCCCCACCCACCGCCCUUUCCCGUUUCUCUGGGUUUAGGCGGGGCAUUGCGUGCAAGCCAGCCCACCAAAGCGCCCGUGUUCACAUCUUCAGUGCCUCUGUGUUGCCCUGGGCAGACCGUGGCGAAUCCUUUCGCGCGCCUUCCGUGCCAGAUACCUGGGGAUAUGAUUGUGGCUGUAUUGUCGGGAGGUCCCUCUCCUGCGAGCACUACAACGACCUCCUUUCCCGCAGGCCCAAGGCGAUGCCGGGAUGCAGCUUCUCAAGCGACCUCCUGUUGCCUCUUUUCUUCUGAAAAAUCCAAGGGACUCUGAAAGGAUUGUGUCACCUCUCUCAGACGGGAGAAGAAGCGGGGGAGGGGGAGUUCGUUUUUACAGGGCAAUCCCUUUUAAACGUGCGUUAGUACACCUGGAUUUGUAACAUCUCCCUCCUUAAAGUAGCAAAAAUACCUCCCCCCCCCCAAAGCCCCAAGAAAAUAUCCUGCGUGCAAAUGCUCCAGUGGUGAGGUGGCUUUCCUGGACACUUGCGUUGGUACAUCCUCUGUAGUGUUUUGAAAUUCUCCUGGGCAUUGUGUAAAAAUGUUAACGUGAUAGAGCUGUUGCUACCUUUUUAGAAAGACGUUUGCCUUGUGCAAGGGUGUUGCUGCAGCUUCUGCGUACAUCUUGUUCCAGCCGUUUAGUCGCCGGGGACCUUCUGUCAUUGAUUCCAUCAGGUCAUCAGUGAUGAAAUGUUGUAAGCUCUUUGCAAGCCCCAGCAGAUGGAACCUUUAACUAAGACUGGCAGACAUGGUUCCUGGGAACCUCAGGCUCAUGCCCGUCCCAUCCCGCCCACGCCUGCAAUGGGAUGAUUCUCUGAAUCCCUUGCGGAUUAGUGUGGGCAGCCUCCCAGUGCUGGCGUCCAUGACCAAAGCAACUGACCCCCGCUUCCGCCUGCGUUGGAAGGCCAUUGUGGCAACCGCUCUGGCCCUGGCCCUUGUGCUGCUCUUCCUCUGCUUUCAGCGUUCACCCUCAGCAAACCGACCGGUGCCUGUCAAUGCCCAUAACUGGGGUCACAGUGCACUGUCCAUUGGGCGGUACAAUGACACCUACCCAUUGUCACCACCCCAACGGAUUCCAGAAGGUGUGCGCUACCGCAUUGGACUCAUUGCUGACCUUGACACGAACUCCAAGAGUCCCAGUGAGCAUACCUGGUUCAGCUACCUGAAGAAAGGCUACCUGACACUGUCGGCCAGUGGGGACCAUGUCUCUAUUGAGUGGGAUUCCAAGGACCAUAUGCUGGAGUCUCACCUGUCUGAGAAGGGGCGUGGCAUGGAGCUCUCUGAACUGGUAGUCUUUAAUGGCAAGCUGUAUGCUGUGGAUGACCGCACUGGGGUAGUCUACCAGAUUGAUGGCACCAACGUGGUACCUUGGGUGAUCUUGUCCGAUGGGGAUGGCACAGUUGGCAAGGGUUUUAAGGCUGAGUGGCUGGCAGUGAAGGAUGAACAUCUGUACGUAGGAGGCCUGGGCAAGGAAUGGACAACAACCACAGGGGAAGUACUCAACCAGAACCCUGAGUGGGUGAAAGUCAUUGGCUACAAAGGUGAUGUGGCUCAUGAGAACUGGGUGGCCCAUUACAAUGCACUGAGGAAAGCGGCUGGCAUCAAGCCCCCAGGUUACCUGAUCCAUGAGUCUGCCUCCUGGAGCGAGACACUCCAGCGAUGGUUCUUUUUGCCACGCCGUGCUAGCCAUGGGCGCUACAAUGAGCAGGAGGAUGAGCACUGUGGCACCAAUUUGCUGCUUAGUUCCACCCCAGACUUUGUCGAUAUCACUGUGAGCCACGUUGGUGAUGUCAUCCCCACACACGGCUUCUCCUCUUUCAAGUUUGUCCCUGACACUGAUGACCAGAUAAUUGUGGCACUGAAAUCUGAGGAGGAUGCUGGACACGUGGCAACCUACAUCACCGCCUUCAUGUUGGAUGGGCGUUGCCUGCUACCUGAAACUCGUAUCGGUUCUGUCAAAUAUGAGGGCAUUGAGUUCAUCUAAUUGAUAGAAUGGAUACUUUGAGACUGGGCAGAUGAACUGUGUGUGGGGAUGGGGCAGAAGGCUUGCCCUGUGCUUCUUCCUCUAAUUCUGACUGUGCUGUGAAGUAUUAUGGGACUCUUUCAUGGCAUAGUUUUCACCUAUAUAAAAGCAACCUUGCUACUGGAAGUGUGGCCUGUUUCUGUGCUGACCCCUAGUGGUGCAGGGUGGGCAGUGCCUCUGCAGUAUUUCUUUUCUGCUUCAUUGCAUCCUGCAAGGAACUCUCCUGGUUUGUCUCAACUCUCUGCUUUAUUCAACUAGUCUGGUGAUCUUGCAGAAUGUAUGUGAAUAAUUGGUUUGAUCCUCUCCCUUUAUUUUACUUGCUAUGAUUCACAUGUGCCUUUGCUAGGAGGGGAGACCUUGGCAUUUGGUUAUCCAGCAAGGCUAUUAUCCAGUCAUUUGGGCCUACUCACUCCAUCCCACAGUAGCCUGACUGGAUCGGUGCUUCUUUACGAUGGGACAUCACAGAUGAGACCUGGAGUGGAAUGCGUCAGAUAAUAGUGGGGCAGGGGGUGUUAACAGGACAGCUGGGGAAACUGUUUGGAGCAAAAAGGUGAUCUAGUGUUAGCCCCCUUAUGACUGAGGCAAAGGGAUCACUUCAGUUAGCUGCUGUGUGCCAUUCCUAAUCUUGAGAUACCCCAGACUACAUAAAGGUAUGAACCCAAAAGUAUAUAUCGUAAGUCAUACUCGGGGGCCCAACCUCUGGCCCCAGUGUUCUCGUUUGGACAGUGGUUUGUAUCUGAUUAAGUCAUACUCUGAGAUGAAGUAAAUGGACUUAAGUUAAUUGACUGCUCACAAUAAUGCAUUGCUCAGGCUAGCAUUAGAGAGUUCUCCCUGGAUUCUUUUUUCUUCUUUUAUCUUUCAAGGUGGGUAUGGUUCAGGGUUAGACAGCCAACAUCCUAUGAGAGUACUGCAACUGGAAUGAUGUGUCCUAAUUUAUUCUGGCUGCAUUUGGCAUUCUUUGUCCUCCGUGAUUAAGCAGGGCACGUGUUCCUGGUUCAGGAUCUUCCCUUUCUGAGCAUUAACAUCAGCCCUAGCAAAACGUGUAUUUCUCACAAUAAAUGAUCAACAGCUUUUCUAGUCCAAAA